AAGUGAGACACUCUGGUGGUUUGUGGUCGUAUCCAGACAGUGCUGUGAAAAUGUUGAAGUAUACAGUGAAAAAAUAUUGUUCGGAAGGCAGUAAGGUGCAUCAGAUUUUGGUUGCUGUUUUGAUGGUCUUGCCAGUCUUCUCAUAUGGAUCAGCGGUCGGUUGGUUGUCUCCAAUGGGACCACGACUCAUGUCAGAAGAUGGGCCGGCACCUGAACCAGUACAUCCCGAUGUUAUCUCCUGGAUGGCGUCGGUACCUUACUUAGUUGGGACACCAGCGGUGUUCCUCUUUGGGUUUAUUGUAGAUAAUUUUGGACGGAAAAAGGCGUUGAUGACCACGUCGUUAUCUAUGGCUGUCUGCUGGAGCCUCAAGCUGUAUUCCACGGAAACAUGGGCGUUGAUAACUGCAAGGGCUAUUAUUGGGCUUGGAGUAGCAGGUUCCUAUGUAGUGACACCACUGUACAUUAAAGAGACCAGCGAAGACUCUAUCCGUGGUACUCUUGGAAGCCUUGUGGUACUUUCGCAAAAUUUGGGGAAUCUUAUCGUUUAUAUAUUGGGAGAAUAUUUGUGCUACCACGCCAUUUUGUGGAUAUGCCUUGCAGUGCCGUUGAUUCAUCUGCUUGUGUUUCCCGCGAUGCCUGAGACGCCGUCGUAUCUGCUGAAGACUGGGAAGGUUGAGGAGGCACGCGAUGCCUUAGCCUGGCUGCGGUGUCGUCAAGUAACAGAUGCGUCAAUUGAGAGCGAAUUGCAGUUACUCCUCAUGGAGCUGGAGCAGAGUAAAUCAGAGGGAUUUUUUAAAUCAGUCAAAACAUUGGUCUCGGAGAAAUCCACAUUCCGCGCAUUUCGCAUAACCCUAAUAAUAACACUUGCGCGUGAGUUGUGUGGAUGUCUCGCCGUCUUGCACUUUGCGUCGAUGAUUUUCAACGAUGCCAGUGCCGAUUGGGUGUUGUCUCCAAACCAGCAGGCAGCUGUACUUGGAGCUGUUCAGCUAGUUGGCUCAUGUACUGCAUCUGGCCUGGUUGAGAAGGCUGGAAGGAAGCCGCUACUUGGAACAACGUGUCUUGUAUCUGGAAUAGCACUGACCAUUCUUGGAGCGUGCUUCUGGUUCGGCAGUAGUAAUUUUGCAUGGUUACCCAUUUGCGCCCUGUGUCUUUGCAUUUAUUGUGACGCUGCCGGCCUUCAACCGGUUCCUUUCGUUAUUAUGACUGAGAUGUUCUCUUUCCAGCACCGUGGAACAGUGACUUCUAUAGUGAUAGCGUUUGCUUGCACACUUGUCUCUAUAGAGUUGCGGGUCUUCCAACCGCUAGCGACGUCUGUUGGUCUGUACUUAAUAUUCUGGAUCUUCGCCGGCGUCUGUCUUGUAAGUACAGUGUACAUUUUCUGUUUUGUACCGGAGACCAAAAUGAAGACUAUCGAAGAGAUCUAUGAAGAGUUCGGGAAGAAAAAGGACGAGGAAGCUGCUACAACAAGAUUGUAAUAUCUUUAGAAAUAUGUAGUCAUGAAGAUAUAGCAACAGCAAAAACUUGUUCCGUUACUGUAUGCUAUAUGGUGAUAGAUAUCACAAAAUAUUAAGUUUAUAAUUUUUCUAAAUAAGAUUGAUCCUUAUUAAUGACCAUAAUCCUUUGGAUUUAUUGGCUCCAGUUUAUAUGAAUCACAAGUUUGGCGAUUAAAAAGUGUGGUUGGCAGUUCUCCUUGCCCGCUCUACACUCUUGACUCACGAACUGGUAGUAAAUGUAAUUUUUGAAUCAAUUUAACAUCUUUUCUGUUGACGUUCAUGUGUUUUUGUUUACCUAUAUUAAUAAAGUUAUUUUGAGGUAAAGUUUGAUCGGUUUUUGUACUAGAAGCAGCCGUCAUGUUGUCGCCUUCGAAAUGAAAAUCCAUUAUUUCAUAGAUACAUACGAUGUCUCUCUUCCUUCCUUCCGCUUUAUAAAUUGUGUACAGCGAUAGGUAACAAUAAAUCAAACAAGGCAUCUCAGCCAGACAUUUCUGUAUUCUGAUUUUCAUUGUAUUUAGUAUCAAUUAUUGUAUUGCCCAGACCUGUGGCGGAUUUACCAGCAGGCUGGAGAAGGCUGGGCGGCAAAUUUCAUCUUUUUGCUACCUCCUAGAAAUCAAAAAGAUUACUGCAUAAAGGGUUUCUGAUGUUUUACAGAUAGUCUGUAACUAAUAUUGCUCAUUAGUUUCUCCUCUAAUUUGUACGUGUAACAAUUGUCCAUAUUCUAGAGUAAAACAGCUACCCACCAACCAUUAAAAGACCACUGCACCUCAGCUCACACUAUGAGUAAAAAGAGCGACAUUGCAGAAAAUGUGGAAUACAUUAUAAUACUCUGCCUACAUUUAACACAUAUACGUCAUUCCUACUCCCUGUUGGAGGCUCCGAACUGAAGUUUUACGUGAAAUUUCAUCAAAAUUGUUGUGUUUUAAUAAUAAUCUUGGACAAGGCAGUGUAAAACCGCCACUGGCCGAGACACGUUAUGCGUUUUGCGUUCAAUGGAUACUACGAAAAGACUUGCCUAAGGACAUUGUAUAUUAUUGUAUGGUUACUUCAGUCACAUUUUUAUUAAUGUGUUAUGGUUUCAAACCGCCAUCAUUCCUGUUAAUAAGUAUUUGUAUAAUAUUUCUGUAAUAGGUAUAGUUUUUAAGUUACUGUUUUAUAAUAAGUUGACAUAUCUGACAGUAUCCGAUGCUGCUAAGACUGUAAAAAUCAACACCAUUUCGUAUAACAUUUUUAUUUUAUUAGGGUAGCUCAAUCCCGCCAAUUGCCAUCAAAUUAAUUUACGUAAUUUUAUAAAUAAUGGCAUCUUCUAGAGUUCCAGAAAUUUCGAUAUGUGAUCUCCACAUUCGGUAUGUUAAAUAUAAGUUGUAGAAUUAUUUCUUUAAGAUUAUGUUCUGUUAGAUUCUAAAUUAAUGUGAUGUAUAUAAUAAACAUGCUUAAAAUUC